AGUGGUUUGUUGUGUUACAGGAAAUGAUGUCAGUGAAUCCAUAGCCCCAGCCUCAGCACAGGGCAGCCACCGUGAAGCUCUUAAAUAUCACUGUUGUUAAUACAGAGAGGGAAACCAACUGCAACGUGCUGCCCAAAUAUAAGUUUUACUCAUAUUUUGAUGUUAGGAUGGAUAGCUUGGAAAAAGUUGGAGGGAACGGCCUUUAUUAUCAGGCAUCUAUGAAGGAUCAGGAAUGGAUAUAGACAAGGAACUAGUAAUGGAAAGUGUUACACCUGGAGCCCCUGGAAAACCAGAAAUGAGGCUGGGCACUAAGGAAGAAACAAAUGAAGGUGACGCUAAUGAAAGUUCAUUACAAGUCUUGUCCAGCAAUGUGCCUCUCCUGGCCCUAGACUUCUUGGACACAGCCCAGGCAAAAGAGAAGGUCUUUCUCCCCACGGUCAGCCACACGUUCCACAUGCCCAUAGAGGAGUCCGACACCCCACAGCAAGGCAAUGACUUACCCGAGUCCUCAGCAAACACCAGCCAGCCCAAGCAGGAUGACAUCCCCAAGUCCCCAGAAGAAACCAGGCAGCCCAAGGUGGGUGACAUCUGCAAGUCCCCAGAAGAAACCAUCCAAUCCAAGAAUGACCUCCCCAAGUCCUCAGAAGAAGCCAUUCAGCCCAAGGAGGGUGACAUCCGCAAGUCCUCAGCAAAACACAUCCAGCCCAAGCUGGGCACUAUCCCCAAGUCCUCAGCAAAACCCAUCCAGCCCAAGCUGGGUACUAUUCCCAAGUCCUUAGCAAAACCCAUCCAGCCCAAGCUAGGCAGUAUUCCCAAGUCCUCAGUGAAGCCCAGCCAGCCCAAGACCCCAGAAGAAACCAUCCAGGCCAAGGAAGGUGACAUUCCCAAAUCCCCAGAAGAAACCGUCCAGGCCAAGGAAGGUGACAUCCCCAAAUCCCCAGAAGAAACCGUCCAGGCCAAGGAAGGUGACAUCCCCAAAUCCCCAGAAGAAACCAUCCAGGCCAAGGAAAGUGAUAUCACCAAGUUCCCAGAAGAAACCAUCCAGGCCAAGGAAAGUGACAUCACCAAGUCCCCCAAAGAGGCCAUCCAGCCCAAAGAGGGUGACAUCUCCAAGUUCCCAGAAGAAGCCAUCCAGCCUAAGGAGGGUGACAUCCCCAAGUCCCCAGAAGGAGCCAUCCAUCCUAAGGAGGGUGACAUCCCUAAGUCCCCAGAAGAAGCCAUCCAGCCCAAGGAGGCUGACAUCCUAAAGCCUGAAGAAGAAACAACUGAGUCCCUGGAGGGGGACAUGGUGAAAAUGAUCCUGAGCAAGGAGGACUUUGAGGCAGCAUUGAAGGAGGCUGGGCAGAAGCUGGUAGCUGUGGACUUCUCAGCCACGUGGUGUGGGCCCUGCAGGACCAUCAGACCAUUCUUCCAUGCCCUAUCUGUGAAGCACGAGGACGUGGUGUUCCUGGAGGUGGAUGCUGAUGACUGUGAGGAGGUGGUGAGAGACUGUGCUGUCAUGCGUGUUCCAACCUUUCAGUUUUAUAAAAAAGAAGAAAAGGUGGACGAGUUUUGUGGCGCCCUUAAGGAAAAACUCGAAGCAGCCGUUGCAGAAUUAAAGUAAACAUGCAUUCUG